ACUUAAAAUGCAGACUACCUACAGUUCAGCUCUCUCAUUCUGGUGCAGAAAGCCAUCCCUCAACAGCAGGCAGCACCGGCUCUCACACAAAGUUCAGCUUGCAGCGCAGAGAGGAGGCAAUGAGAGCUAGGGUGUGGUUUUCUCCAGCGGGGCUGCUGGCUUGGCUAUGCUGCUUUGGUCUGGGGCCCGUUCAGGGGGAGAAGGUGCUGGUUAUGCCCGUGGAUGGAAGCCACUGGCUCAGUAUGAAGAUACUGGUCAAGGAGCUCAGCCGCAGAGGCCACAAGGUCACGGUCCUGGUGCCUGAAAGCAGCCUGCUGAUCCAAGGUUCUGACAGCUACAAGACUGAAGUUUACAAAGUGCCUUAUACUCAAGCCGAACUGGAUAAGAACUUUGAAAAGCUCAGGGAAGGACUGUUCGACAAGCAGGCAGGAAUUACAGAUUUAUUUGUCAAUGUGGAGCGUUUGGUGAAGUUUACAUCUCUCCAGUCGGUGGGCUGUGAGGCUUUACUGGACAAUAAGCCUUUGAUGAAUCAACUCAAGGGAGAGGGAUUUGAUAUGAUGCUUACAGACCCCUUCCUUCCAUGUGGCUCCAUCCUGGCACAUAUGUUUUCCAUUCCUGCUGUGUAUUUUCUGCGUGGGCUUCCCUGCGAGCUGGACAUUAAAGCUAACAAGUGCCCUUCUCCUGUUUCCUACGUCCCGGUGUUUUUCUCUGGUAACACAGACCGUAUGAGCUUCCUACAGAGGGUUAAAAACAUGAUGAUGUCUUUUUUGGAGUCGUACAUAUGCACAGUCCUGUACCGCCACUUUGAUGAUCUGGUCAGCAGGCACUUACAAGAUGGCAUGUCUUACAAAGAACUCAUAAGCCACGGGUCCAUCUGGCUUCUUAGAUAUGACUUUGUUUUUGAUUGGCCCAAACCUCUCAUGCCAAACAUGGUUUUAAUAGGUGGGAUCAACUGUGCAAAAACCGCUCCUCUUUCAGCAGACCUGAAAGAAUUUGUGGAUGGCUCAGGAGACGAUGGUUUUAUUGUCUUUACACUGGGCUCGAUGGUGUCCGACAUGCCUGACACUAAAGCAAAGCAGUUCUUUGACGCCUUUCGACAAAUUCCUCAGAGGGUGGUUUGGAGAUACACGGGUGAAGUACCCAAAGAUGUGCCCAAGAAUGUCAAACUUCUGAAAUGGUUACCUCAGAAUGAUCUUCUAGCACAUCCCAAAGCUAAGGUCUUCAUGACUCAUGGUGGCAGCCAUGGUAUCUACGAAGGUGUCUGUAAUGCCGUUCCCAUGUUGAUGUUUCCACUUUUCGGGGACCAGGGGGACAAUGUACACCGAAUGGUGUCUCGUGGCGUUGCUGAGAAGCAAAGCAUAUUUGAUAUGAAAAAUGCAACACUGGUAGCUGCACUGAAAAAAAUGAUCUACGACAAAGGAUAUAAAGAGCGGAUGAUGAAGCUGUCCCAGAUACACAUGGACCGCCCUGUUGAACCUUUGGACCUAGGUGUUUUCUGGUCUGAGUUUGUAAUGAGACACAAGGGAGCAUCACAUCUAAGGGUAGCCGCACAUGACUUGAACUGGUUUCAGUACCACAGCUUGGAUGUUAUUGGUUUUUUAGCUUUUGUUUUUGUCACCGUUUUAUGGGUGACUCUGAAAUCCUGCUUGUUUUGCACUCGCAAGUGUUGUGGGAAAAGAAGUGCAAAGAAAAAAUCUGAGUAGUGUCUGUCACAAAGUAAAUAGUUUGAACACUGCCUUGACGUUUUUGUCAGGUGUACUGUAAAAAGUGUAUAUAUGUGAUUGUAAAUUUCCAAGCCAUUUCCACAUUUGUCCAGAACACUUGUAAAAUUAAGCUGACAGAUUUUUUUUUUUUGUCAUCCAGCACUUCUGAAGUAUUCAAAAUAAAAAUAAAAAUGACUUGCUUUAAAUUAAUUUAUAAAUUUUGGGAUAAUAUUCCAAUCUCUGUAAAAGGAUGGGUUUCUUGCACUAGUGCUGACAGAGUUUGAUUAAGACAUUAGUUUGGUUCCUGGUUAAUAGGAUUGUCGGUGGAAUGGAUUCUACUGAGAGGUUUUGUUUUCUAAAAGCUGUCAGCUUUUAUGUAUGUAUUUUUAAUAUAAAGCCCUCUGCAUUUAGUGCCACCUCUGGUAAAGAUUUGUAAAAAAUAAAAUUACUUUAGUUACACUUAUUUUAUAUGGACGUGUUAAGGAUGUCAUUGAGUUUGGCACUGGUGAUUUAGAUAAGAGAACUAUUUCUUAACAUUAAUUUUUUUUCCCUCCCACUGAAUAACUGUACUGUUAAUUAAAGGCUGGAUUUUUUUUAUCAGCUCCUAUGAGAAAAUUGUCCAUCUCACCUUGGUUAUUUAUGGUAACACCAGGAGAAAUAACUACUUGUAAGCUGGAGAAUAAAAUAUCAUGCCGUUUAAAAAGCAGCCAAAAAGUCUAGUAAAAUAAGUCUUAAAUUGUUAGUCACUAUAAUGUUUGCAAUUGAAACAAAUUAUUUAAAAAUAUCUUAAAAAUACAGUUUGCACCAAACCAAAGACUUUUAGCUCUUCCUAAUUGAGAAUAACCAAAGACAAUCUUCACCAUAGCAGAGCCAAGAAACUCAGCAAGUGAGAAGGAAAUGUUAUUUUGGAGCCAACCUGUACUUUAUCUUCUUUUUUUAUAUAUUAAUGUGAUUAAUAUGGUUUAUUUGGUUCAUUUUACAGCCCUGGUCUAACCAACGCUGUAAAAUAUUAGAGUUUAGUAAUGACAUUUUGAGGAUCCAGCCUGGAACAAGCUAAGAAAGAAGUAGCCUAUUUUUCCAAGAAAUCCUAGGAGACAUUAAGUUUAUCUAUGUUUUGGUCUUGACUUACUGCAGUAAUAAAUAAAUAAAUGUAACCCCAAUUCUGAUGAAGUUAUGUAAAACAUAAAAUAAAAACAGAAAACAAUGA